AUGGCAGAGGGCAGCAAGGUGGGGUGCUCUUGCUUGUCAUCGGCAGCCGCACAGCCCCACCGAAGCACCAGGGUGAUCGUUCUACUAAGUCGGACGCGAAUAUUGAAUAUUACUUGCGUUAAGGAUCUACUGCCAUUCUUGUUCCACAUAGAGUCACACGUUCUCGACAAACAAAAUGCUAGACUCGAGGGGUUCGUCACUGACGGCGGCUACGCCUGCGCCUCCCCCGUCUCCGCCUGCUGCGGUUACCGCGGCAAGGUCAAUCAGCUCGACCACAUGCCCAUCUCUUUCGAUUUCGAACACUUCGCCGGUUCUGUGGUUUUGUUCGGAACUUCUCAGGGCUUUCUUCUUCGCGUCGCGCAGGUGCUGUCGGCGCGGCAGUUCGAGAAGCACGCGGGGGCGGAGUCGAAGAACCAGAACGGUCACAUUCUGCUCCCCAACGGCAAGUCGCUCUACGACCUUUUCCACAAGCUCAGGGACGUGCCCGCCAAGGCGUUCGCGGAGGAGUUCCGGGCGGCCGCCGGGGUACCCAUGACUGUGCCCGCCGCCGAAGCCUCGUCUGCGCCGCAGGGGCAGCAAGCGGGCGCGCCCGCGAGCUGGGAACCCAACGGGGUUCAGGUUGACGGCGUGACGGCGGAGCCCCCUUCGGCCCCUGCGCCUGGACGGGGAGACGUGGUGAUGCUGACCGAGGAGGAGAAGGCCAGCUUGUGUCUGCUUGGUUCGAACAGGGAAAGCAGUUCCACGACUGAGUCGGACACUAUGUGCGGCGUUGAAGGGCCUGCGGCAGAACAGAUCAAAGACGAAACAGGUGGUGACCCUGUGAUGCAUGAUGUUAAAGUGAGAGUGACAGAAACGAAGUAUCAGCUAGACAGUGACCUUAGAGAUGUUAGAGGAUUGCUGUCCACUGGACUUCUUGAAGGUUUCAGGGUGACCUACAGGAAGGAUGAGGUGGAGAACGUUGGACUGAUAAAUGGACAGGGUUAUUCUUGUGGCUGCCCACAGUGUAAUUACAGUAGUAAUGGUGGUGAAAGCACUAAAACCUUUCAGUUACAUUUAAAUGAUCAUAAUGCUCCUCAUGCUAACUUCACCUUGAAAGAAUCUGCCAGCAAUGCCAUCUCAAACCAUAACUGGAGUGCAUCUAAAAGGCGGUCUGGGGGACAGUUUAGACAAGGAGGCACUGAGACUUCAACUCCAACCUUUAGUGGAAGCCCAGGCAAAGGGGUUUCUGGCCUCUCUACUGGCACCUCAGAGAAGAAAGGCAUUGAAGAAACUCGCAAUAUAUCCGUAUGUCUGCAUGAUUUCGGUUGGGAGAUACCUAAUCGCAUCUUGUUGUUGCUCAUGAUUUCUGAUCGGAUACGCAAGAUCGUUUCCGCGGAUCACGACAACCAGCAAUCAGGAAAGGCGGCCGGCGAUAACGCGAUGUGGAGCAGUGUUUCCACCAAAGAUGCUAGUCGGUCGUACAAGCUAAUUGGAGUAGUCGAAGAGUUUACUCCUUCACACUUUGAAGAACAUGCUGGCAUGGGGAGAAGACAGCAACCGUAUCACAACAUUUAUACAUCAGAAGGAUUAUCACUUCAUAACCUAGCUCUACAACUGCAAGAUCGUUUGAAUUCAAAUGGAUUUGACAAUGCUAGUGUUUCCAGCUUCAGUGACUACCCUAACCUUACAUCUUCAGGUUGUGGUAGACAACCUUCUACUACCAGUGGACCUAUUGUUCCCCUGAAACGGACUUUACAAGAAAGAGUGGUCGAAACAGAGAGUUGCUAUUUCUGUGGGUAUGGCCACACAAUGAUUGGAAAUAUCGAUCCAGACACGAUUAUCUUCUGUAACCAGUACGAGAGACCAUGCCACGUGAAAUGUUACAACAAUAGAGUUGUAAAAAAGAAGAAUACAGGUGUUUUCGCUUCUUGUGCUGCCAAGAAUGUCAAUCGCUUUCGUGCCCGUCUUCUAGAAGGACUGGAAAACUGUGAAGAGAUUACCUUCCUUAGACGGAUAAGAUCCAAGAUUUGUUGGCGACUUUUAAGUGGAAUGGACGCAAGUAGGGAUGUCAAACUCUACAUGCCUCAGGCCAUUGAUAUCUUCAAAGCUGCAUUUGUGGAAUCGACUGAUGAGCACAUUGACAUCUUCUCAGAUAUGGUUAAUGGCAAAAAUGGAGACCAAGAGAAGGAUUUCCAAGGAAUGUAUUGUGCACUGUUAACUGCAAGCAAGCAUGUUGUGUCUGCUGCUAUUCUGAAAGUGCUCAUGGAACAAAUUGCAGAACUGGUCCUUAUUGCCAUUCGUGGAGAGUGCAGAAAAAAUGUGGAAUUGAACUUGAACCAGACACUCCAUAGCUGA